AUCCCGACCACCACUUGAAGUUCUUCGGCCUGUUCCAUACCAGGUGUUGGGUUAGAUCCUGUUACAGAACAGGUGUUGGUGAAGUUCCUGGUCUGUUGUCGGACCUCUGAAGGUGUUGUAUCGCAGCCAUGCCGCUGAGCCGCGGAGCUCUCUUCCCGCCCUACGUCUCCAGGGACCCUGCCCCCGGCGCCAGGAGCCCGUGCCGCUGUAAGAUGUCGCUGGGUCUUUCCGGAGCCGCGGGGCUCUCCUCCAGCCUCCAGGCGCUGAUGCAGCUGGGCGAGGAGCGGGCACGGGAGGAGCGCCAAGGGGGUCCCGCCUGCGGACACGGCGACACGCCGGGCGCUAUGGUGGAGCUAAGGAUCGGACCGGUGGGGGCCCUGCGGUACCUGGAGCCGGACAGGGGCGGGCUGGAGCGCGCGCAGAGGCGACGCCGUCUCGCGGCCAACGCUCGUGAGAGGAGGAGGAUGCUCGGGCUGAACGUGGCAUUCGACCGUCUGCGGAGCGUCGUCCCGGAGAGCGACCGGAGGCUGUCCAAGGCAGAGACCCUCCAGAUGGCGCAGAUCUACAUCAACACGCUCAGCGAGCUGCUCCAGGACGAGGGGCCCUCCCUGACCGCCCUGUCGGCCCGGGACCCUGCAGGGGGCCCGGCGGGGCACGCUGCGGGGGGGCAGAGCUUGUACUCAACUGCGGUCUGCAGAGGCAGCGAGAUGAAGAAGGAUGGAAGGUACUGCAGCGGCGGCCAAUUGGAUAGAACCAACGGGACCAAAUGAACUACAGACUAAAACAAGACUUAUUUAUUGACAUUUAUGAUUAUUUUGUUUUGUGUGAAUGAGUGGUUUCCUCAUGAUGUAGCAUUUUAUUCUGUUGUAAAUCCGUGAUUCACAACCUGUUUUUUUGUUUCAACAUGUAAUAAAUGAUAACAGUUUAUGAUAACAAUCAAUUAAAAAAUAGAUUUGUCUGUUAUAAAAAUCAUCAGAAAAGUAAAAAAAAAUAUUUGUAGCAGUUUUUAAUUGUUUCUAAAAGGAUGUAAAGGAAAGCAAAGACAGCUUUCUGGACAUUGAGACAGAAAAUUUGGUUCUGCUUCUGCACUGAGCUCUGACUGACUGACUGACUGACUGACUGACUGUCUGUCUGUCUGUCUGUCGAAACGAAACAAUGGAAAAUAUUACGUUUCAAUAUGAGUCCCAUUCAGAAAAGCAGGGUCUACUACUCUAGAUUUUGUUUUCUUUCCGUAAGAAACCUAUUUGCACGUAUGUACACACCGUUCCGUUCAUUCCUCCAGAUGUGAAUAAAGUUGUGCAAUAUUAUGUA